CGCCGCGCCGUGGCCCUCUCGUCUUCUUCCCUUCCCCACCCCACCCGCGAGCUCCCCAGAUCAGAUCGGAGCCCGCGUCCCUAGCUUAGGAGCGAAAUCUCGAGCGCUCGCGGCGGCGGCGGCGGCGAGGAGGAGGAGGCCGCGGCACGAGAGCGCCCCAGGGUUCCGGCUCGCGGCAGGAGGGAAAGGAGGAAGAUGUCGUCGGUGUUCAGCGGCGAUGAGACGGCCCCCUUCUUCGGCUUCCUCGGCGCCGCCGCCGCGCUCGUCUUCUCAUGCAUGGGGGCGGCGUACGGGACGGCCAAGAGCGGCGUCGGCGUGGCGUCCAUGGGUGUCAUGCGCCCCGAGCUCGUCAUGAAGUCCAUCGUGCCCGUCGUCAUGGCUGGUGUGCUCGGUAUCUACGGCCUCAUCAUCGCCGUCAUCAUCAGCACUGGGAUCAACCCCAAGGCCAAGCCAUACUUCCUCUUCGACGGCUAUGCUCACCUCUCUUCGGGCCUUGCCUGUGGUCUCGCUGGGCUCGCUGCCGGCAUGGCCAUCGGCAUUGUUGGUGAUGCUGGUGUCAGGGCGAAUGCGCAGCAGCCGAAGCUAUUCGUGGGCAUGAUCCUCAUCCUCAUCUUUGCGGAAGCACUUGCCCUCUACGGCCUCAUCGUCGGCAUCAUCUUGUCAUCCCGUGCCGGCCAAUCCCGUGCAGAUUAGGCACGUCUCAGAUUUCGAUACUGUGUCGACCGUUACGUGGCCCUUGCUGGGUCUUGUUUUAUAUUCUUGAGACAAGAAACUGGAGCUCUUUAGAUAUUAUUAUUCUAUCUAGUUUUUGUUCUUCUGUUGGGCCGAGAAAAAACAACUGUAGCCAAGGGAGGACUUACCCUUGUCGUGCCAUUCUUUUUCCCGUCGUGGCGGUGGGCUGUGGUUGAUGCUUAUUUGUGCACAGUUUUUUUUGGGGGGGGGGGGGGGGGUCUGGCUGGACGGUGAUGUAUCUGGUGAAUAAGCAAGGACAUGCAAUGCAAUGGAUGUUCAUGACACUUUCUGCUCA